AAUUAACCUCUUUGGUCCGAAUUUAAUAUAAGUUCAAUGAGAAGCGUUGUCCAUUGUUUGCGGUUAUAGUAUUGGAAAUUGUUGUUUGUUUGUUGCGGCUUUUGGUUUACAGUUGUUUUUCUUCCAAUUCGAUUCGAAGAUCAUGGAUGAACUGAGCAAAGGAAAGAAGCGGAAGUCGUGUCAAGGUAUAAUCGAGUUAAGUGAUGAUGAAAAAAGUGCUCAGCUCUCGAGGAAGAACGAUAACGAAGAGCCCGUAAAAAAAUGCCCAAAAAUUUCUAACCUAGCAAGCGGUGCCGACGAUGGCCUGAUUGAUUUGGUCAGCGAGGCGAGCAACGAGAACGGUUCAAAUGAUUCCAGCGUCCAGGUGAUCGAACCUAAUGUCUCAGUAAUCGAAAUCCAUGAUUCAAUUGUCGAGGGGGAUUCAAUAGAGAGCGUCGAGAUGUGUGUGGUCGAUUCAACAUCCCUCAACACUACUGCAGUGAAGGAGUGCAAAGAUGAUCAGAAUAUUGUCAGAGACAGUCCACAUGAAUCGACAGGAGGCAAUGCUGUCCAAAGCAUACAACUGUCAGACGACAGUGCGAAGCCUGCAGACUCAAGCUCACUGGACUCCACUCCGAAGAAGAAAAGUAGCAAGAAGAAGAGCAGGAAUUGUUCAGAUUUUAUAGCGACGAAAGCAUCCACAUUCAAAGGAAUGAAUGAAGACGCUGAUGGAUCUCUUAUUGUAAUUGACAAAGUCGGCGAUUGCCAGACGGAUGAGGAAUGCGAACUGGCAGACCCUGAUGGAGAAGAACCCACCUCCAAUUCACCCUUGAUAACAAUAACAUUUAAAAAUUCAAAUAUAAAGUCCAGGUACAAAUAUAAGUUUACUAAAUUCCUGGCCAAAUUCAAGGAGUUGAAAGCUGUGGAAUCAAAACAUACCAUUCAGAUGGUAGCUAAGAGAGAUUCAUUGUUUGUACUUGACACACAGCCAUCUGAUCAUGGAGAGAAUAACACUAUGUACACUACAAAAUAUGAAGUAACUGGGGCUCAGAAGGAAAAGAAGGAAGAUGAUAAAGUUAAAUUCGUGCAGACAUGCUUUAACUGUGAUGGUUCACAUUCCUUAAAGGAUUGCCCAGAACCAAAGGACUUUCAUAAGAUAAACCAAGCCAGGAGGCUUUUCAAACAGAAUAAUAAUGGACAGUCUAACGUUCGAUACCAUGUUGAGGAAAAUGCUGAGUAUUCUCAUUUAGUACCAGGGAAGGUAUCUGACAAGCUGAGGAAUGCCUUGGGGCUAGGUAGUGAUGAGAUUCCAGCACAUGUAUAUAAAAUGAGGCUGAUGGGAUAUCCUCCUGGAUGGCUGCAGGAGGCAAAAGUGGCUGCAUCAAAUAUGAAUAUUUACUUGGAUGUAUCAAAAAUUGGUAAAAAGAAGAAACAGAAGCAGGAAACCAUUGAUCCUGAGAAGGUUGUGGAUUAUCCUGGUUUCAAUGUGCCCACAAAGCAAGGAAUUUUUGAUCAUUAUAACAAAUAUAGAGUUCCUGCAUUCUCGGAGAUGUGCAAUAAGAAUAAAAUGAUUGAUUGGUUCAACAAUAAGGCGAUUGACGAAGCCGAGGAUCAACAAUCAUCUGACAUGGAUUUAGAUGCUGAUGCAUCACAGGAAGCUGCAUCAGAGGAUUCAACUUCGUUGCUGGAUUUGAACUUGCAGAAGGAACAACUCUUGACACAGCUGAGCGAAAGCGGUGAAAUCAUCGACGAAUCCGAGCAGAAAGACGAGGAUAAUAAUGAGGAUGCAUCAAAGGACACCUCGUUGUCCGUGGUCGAGGAUGAAGCGACGAACAGCGUGAAGGCGAGCAUCUUCGGAACGCCAAUCCUGAAGUCCGCAUCAGCGUUCUCGAGGUUGCCAUGCUCCGAGAACUUCUCCAAAGAGAUGUCACCAGUAAUCAACUUCGAGAACCUACCAAACUCGACCGGAAAAUAUGAACAGAUGACGGGAGUGUUGAACAAAAUUCGAAAGACACUUAAGAGCGGCCAGGACAAGACAUAAAUGGAUUUAGAGCAUCGCGGAUGCACAGUUUCAACGUGUUUUUUUUUAUAUACAGAAGAAGAAAAUUUGUACAUUCUAUUUAGGUUCGGAAAGAGAUAACCACAGUUAAUCACAGUACAAAGAAUUAACUUUUUAAGAAGCCAUUUAUAUAGUAGUAGAUCCGUUGUUGUGUAAACAAAUACCCAAACCCAAUUCAAAAUUGUGAUUUCUUAUUUUUUCUUGUAUGUACAUUUAUUUAAAAUAAUAUAUUUUAAUAUACAAUAAAUAUAUUAUAUAUGUAUCAAUACAUAAUUCCAUAGACACGACAUGGAUGCAAUAUUCUGUUCUUUAUUAUAUACUUCUAUUUUUUUUUUCUUGUUUUAUUUAAAUUUAUAAGUGUGCCUUAAGUGGUUAAACAAUUCAACUUAACUUAAGGUUGAAAAAUUAAAGGAAAAUA